AUGAGGGAUACCAUGACCAUGACUGCCACUGCUGAUCAAUGGAUGCAGUUCUAUCAACAGCCUCUAAUGGAUGGUCAUGGCCAUGAUCAUGAUCAUGAUCAUUCUUUGACACCAAAUACAGAUGGUUUCUCUGAUGCAACUGUGAUGACAACUAGUCCCCCUCCCGCCAUGCCCUCAUCAGAGAGCAAUAGCAUCUCGACUCAAUUGACCCCGAAGGGUAAUGUAUCCAAACCAAUAAGAAGAAGGUCUAGAGCUUCUAAGAAAACCCCCACCACACUUCUCAAUGCCAACACCACCAAUUUUAGAGCAUUAGUACAACAGUUCACAGGGUGUCCUAGCACAGCCAUGUCAACACUAGGGGUCCAUAAGGGUCCUAUUACCUUGAACUUCCAACAAGGAAGUAGUGAACAGAAGAUUCACCAUAACACAAGUAGAGUAGUUCUACCAUUUAGUGGCAGAAGCUACAACAGCAACAACAACCAGGUUCAUCAAGUGCCUGCACCACUUCCUUGGCAGAAGCGAGAGGAACAACAACUGCCUCAACAGCAGUUGUUGCAACAACAACAGAGCGGUUACUCGUUUGAUUAUGAGAAGAACAGUGGUUAUCUUCCAAGUUCGGGUAACUCAGUUAGCACUAGCCUGGAUGUCUCUGACGGUUUACUCUUGGAUAAUGAUUUUAGUUUGUCUGAUCUAACUAUGAAUACCUUCCCCAAUGAUACCUUUUAUAAAUGA